AUGGCAGGCAAAGAGAGUCUGCUGCCUGUUCACCGUCCUGCGGCCCGACAACUCGCGUUCAGCUCCCGUGUAGACCGUGCUCCGAGUUCCAGCACUCGACAUUGGGUGGGACGGUUGAAGGAAAGCCCAAUUGGAGAGCCUCUGGUCAAAUUAUGGAGGGUCUGCACCACAACACUCGACGGAUCAUUGUCCGAGACGUUCAAACUUGUGAGCUCGGAUGAUAGCGAUGGUGUUUCGUCGGCCAGCGGGAAGAGCAAACCGACGGCGCUGGCGAGUGACGGAGACUCCUUCUUAGACGCGGUAGUGGUUGACCACGAUGACUCCGACGAACGACCAGUUCCUCAGCAGCAGUCCGACAGCUCUCAGCAAGGUGGAAGUAACAGUACGGCUCAACAUGCCAACAAGCUUUACUCGAGCGGCCUUGACUAUGAGAGUCAUUAUACUGGAGGGCUCAAGUCCUGGAUUGUGGACCGCUUAUGGCCACGCGUGGUCGAAUUUUUCGAACCCAGAUUCCUCGAUCACGAGGAGGAAUUCCAGACACUUUCGUGGCAUUCUAACAAAUUCAUGGCUUUCUGUGCGACCCUUUUCCUCGUUCUUAAUUGGGCAUUGUAUCUUGCCUUGAACAGCCAGAGUAAUGCAGCAUCGACUUACGGACAGAUUGUCUAUUGGGCUGGCUUUACAUUCGUCACACUACCUACUCCAUUUAUGAUUGCGCUCGACCUGCCUAAACGACAACCCGUCCUGUUUCAAGCCUGGUUCUGCGUGGCUGUAUGGUACUGCGCGUUCUCCGAGCUCAUCCAAAUGAAAGUGUGUCACUUUUUCCUGGUCAAUCGCGAUUGUGCCAAGAAAGAUUUUUUGGCUAUGAGUUACUACUCAACCGGUUUGCCUGCUCUCAUGAUGUUUAUCGUAUCGAAGCGCUUGUACAACGCCGUGGCUCAACUAGUUUUUUUCAUUCUACUGGUCGCCCUCAUUAUUCCAGAUCAAGGCAUCUACGCACGGAAUGUGGUCAGCUUCGUGGUCUUUUCAAUUUUCAUCCAAGCUCUUCACUACUCCAUCGAAGAUGCCCAGAGGAAGAUGUUCUUACUCGCGUUACAAUUGAAGCAGGCGUAUCGCUCUAAGCACAAGGCACGACAGGCGGAAUCUAAAGCGAGUUUUAUGAAGCGGCGAUUCGCCAACUACAUCUUUCACGAGGUCCGAGUCCCACUGAACAACGCUGUUCUCGCAUUUCAACUACUGCAAUCAGGAAGCGCUUUCAAAGAGGAGUUCAACAAGAGCACGGAGAUCUACGCACUUGAACAAGGUUUGAAGAUGAUGAAAACAGUUCUUAAUGAUGUUCUUGACUUCGAGAAAAUGGAUUCCGGCCAUUUCGAAACCAUUGCUAAACCGUUCCCGCUUCACCAUUCAAUCCGCGCAAUUCUUGACCAAGUUGAAGUUCAAACCCACGCAAGAGACCUCAUCCUAGAACGCAGAUUGGACGAGCGUAUCGAUGAAGCAGCACUCACCGUUGAGCCCCGUCGAUCAUUGGAGCCCGAAGGCCUCUGGGUACUGGGCAGUGAGCUGAGAUUGCACCAGGUCCUCACAAAUCUGGCGACAAAUGCAGUCAAAUACACCCCGGAAGGUGGCGGCAGCAUCCGUAUUUCCACUGAAUUCCUGGGCAUAACGACACGCGAGGAACUGCCAGAAAUGCCUCCCGACAUGGAAAUUGACGAAAAAUACCCGCCCCAGAAUGGACAACAUUUGUUGACUGAGAAAGAUGUCGAAGCCGCUGCUAAUCAAUCUGUCCCGGUCGUAACCAGAAGUGACAGCGGGACAAUCCUGACGCAGUGCUUGACCUUCCGAUUAGUCGUGCAUGACUCUGGGCCAGGCAUCAAACCCUCCGAUCUCGUCGAGGAUCGUUUGUUCCAGCCGUUCGUACAGACAACCGUUGGGCAAUCGACAGGCUCAGGAACUGGGUUAGGCCUAGCCAUCGUCAAGCAGAUCAUUCGACUGAGUGGUGGACGUUUGGGUGUCACAUCUCGACGGGGUGAAGGCUCCAAGUUCUGGAUAGAACUGACCUACCCACUUGCAUCCCCUGCAGAAGUUCAAGCUGCUAGAGAAGCCAACACAUUGCACACAUCAAGGACGUACACCGAACUGAAAGAGAAAGUGAUAACGCUCUCAUCGACGGAUUCUCUGGGUCAAAUGGAUUCCGUGCAGCUCGAUAAUUCUGACGCGCCAAACACACCGGUGACUCCCCAUCCAUCAAUGCCGCCAAGAUAUGAGAGCAACCCCACCGAUACACCACAAUCCGAACGGGAAACCCUAACCCCAACGUUAACGCCGUCUCUGCCUCCUGCAGCGCCACUUACGCCGAUAAUUCCAUCAUCUAGCGAGCCGCAGAUCGUUGCACUUGUUGUGGAUGAUGAUGCUAUCACCCGCGUCUUAUCUUCCAAAUUACUGACAAAACUGGGCUGCAUUGUCCAUACGGCGAAAGACGGGCAAGAAUGUGUCGAUUUGGUCCUGGGUUCGCCACCACACACCUAUGAUCUCAUUUGCCUUGACAAUUUCAUGCCCGAGAUGACGGGAGAGGAGGCUGUCAAGGAGAUCCGCAUGAAAGACCGCGACGAUUAUAUUGUUGGCUGCACAGGGAAUGCUUUGACGGAAGACCAAGACAGUUAUCGAGAAGCGGGCGCUGACGAUGUGGUUGUCAAACCCGUCAUGAUUCACGAUUUCAAGAGACUUAUUCAGACAGCUCAACAGAGGCGGUUAGAUCGACAAAAUGCUGCAGCCACCAUAUCAUCAUUGCAUUUCAGCUCGCCGUCCUCAUGA